AUGAGUCAGUCACUUUCUGUACCUCCAUAUUUUGACGGAACUAAUUAUGCCUAUUGGAAUAUUAGAAUGCGUGCGUUUCUUAAGUCUUUAGAUGAGCAUGUUUGGGUAAGUGUGCAAAAUGGUUGGAAACCUCCCUCUACUAUCGUAUCAGGAACUGUUAACCUUACCGACAUAUCACUAUGGACUAAGGAUGAAAUAGCUGAGCAUAAUUGGAAUAGCAAGGGUCUUCAUGCGCUGUUUAUGGUCGUGUCUCCCGAAGAGUUUAGGAGAUUAUCAAUGUGUGAAACUGCUAAAGAGAAAGGAAAGUCCAUAGCCCUAAAAUCCAUCAAAGAAGAUGAAUCUUCUGAUACUGAGUCACUUAGGGACGAGGAAAUCGCAUACUUUGUUAAGAAAUUUCAAAAAGUUCUCAAGAAUAGGAGAAAGCCUCAGGAUAAAAAGAGUGGAGCUCCUAGCAGAUUCACAAAAGCAAAAACUGAAACGUUUAACAAUAAAGGGUCAAGUGAUAAACCAUGUUUGGUUAGGUGCCAUGAGUGUCAAGAUAAUGAAUCUGAGACCAGUGAUAGACAGGAAUCUUCUAGCAGUGAGGACGAAAGAAACUAUAUGGCAUUUGUAUCGACUGUUAAGAGUGAAUCUGAUAAGGAGAGUGACAAGGUUGAGGAAGAACUUCCAAACGAUAAUUCUAGUAAUGAGGAAGAGGAUGACAUAGAAAAAGAGAAAUUUGCUAGUAAUCUUCAGAAUUCACUUAAGAGUGGCAGUGAGUUAAAGUGUGUCAAUGAGAAAUUAGAAGACAAGAUUAAGACUUUGACUAGUGAAUUGGUGAAAUCUAAUGCUCAUCUUCAAACUUUCAUAAGUGGGACUAAGAAAUUGGACAAUAUUUUGGAAAUGAAUAAGCCUGCAGGAGAUAGGAAGGGUCUAGGAUAUGUUGAGGGUAAUACACAUGUUGCUGGACCUUCUAAGACUGUUUUUGUUUCUGCCUCUAAGAAAGUUAAUGCUGUUAGUAGUUCAAAUAAGGGUAAGAAUGUUCCGAGAGAACAGAGUCAUCAAUUACGUAGGAACUUCAUACCCAGAUACCCUCAGCCACGUAACUUUGAGCCUAGGUUCAUUCCCACCUGUCACCACUGUGGAGCCUUAGGACACACUAGGCCUAGAUGCUAUAGGUUAGGGAAUGAGCGUAAAAAUCUGAACAUUCCUAGUCAUGUUAGCUUUCUGUCUAAUCAGGUUAGUCAUUUGACUGAGAUGCUUACUAAGCUUACUAGGAGUACUUUAUCAUCUAAGAAAGUUUGGGUAAAAAAGGGUGAUCUAGCUAGACAUUUAGGUCAAGAAAAGUGUUUUGUUGCUCAUGUUGCAUUGAAAGUCCAAAAUUACAACAUGUGGUACCUAGAUAGUGCAUGUUCUAGGCAUAUGUGUGGUAAUAAGGCUUUAUUCACUACUCUUGAUGAAUGUAACGGUGGUAUGGUUACUUUUGGAGAUGGGGGUUCUGCACCUAUUCUUGGCAAAGGUACUGUACAAAUGCAUGGUUUAUCUGUGAUCUCUAAUGUGCUUUAUGUGGAAGGUAAACAACUUAAGGGGAACCAUAAGAAGACUUCAAAAAUUCUGACCAAAAGACCCCUAGAAUUGAUACACAUGGAUUUAAUGGGACCAUCUGGGACUGAGAGUUUAGGUGGUAAGCGAUACAUUCUUGUUGUGGCAGAUGACUUCUCGAGAUUCACAUGGAUAGAAUUGCUUAGGAAAAAAUCUGAUGCAUGUGAUCUCAUAAAGUCUUUGUGUAAACGACUUAGCAAUGAACUGGAUCUCAAAGUGUCUAGAAUGCGUAGUGACCAUGGAAAGAGUUUGAGAAUUUUAAUCUUGAGAGUUUCUGUAUAG